UCACGCUCACGCAGCCCUUGUGGCGAAUUAACAACUUCAGAGUACGCUCAACGACGCACCAACUGACCGGACCGGAUGACGGAAGCGCCAGAGAUGAGGUUGCCAAUUCACAUUCUGCGUGCUUUAUGUACUCGGAUGCCACGCCCUGAUAGUGUUUGCAAAGCAACUCAUAUAGCGCAGCCACGCCACAGCUCCCUCCUCCCCAACCCAAAUUAAAAGUUCCCUUCCACUUCCACCAAAGGUCAGCCAGUCACUCUCGUCUCAUGCCCAGGCCGCGCUAACCCACGCGAGCAGAGCAGGUGCGCUGCGCAGCACAUGGACAAGUGCAUGUCUCUCUCCCUGGAGCGCAGCAGCCGCGGCGAGGUCGCCACGCCCGGGCCUCCGGCCGGCGGCGGUGCCGGUGCCGCGUACCCGCGCGUGGUCGCGGGCAUGGACACGUCCCUCUCCCUGGUGGCCGGCGCCGCGGCGUCGCACGGGCACGGGCACGGCCAGCAGUACCUCCCUCUCAACGAGAACGACUCCCUGGACAUGGUCCUCUUCGACGUGCUCCGCGAGGCGUCCGGCGGCGGCUCCGCUGCUCCCGCCAGCUGCCCGCCGCUCCAGGCCUCGACGCCGCUGCGGCCUCCCCCUCCGCUGGUGGCGCUCGCCUCGGGCGCCGCGGGCAAGGUCGUCGGCGCCGGCGGUUGCAGCGACAGCGGCAGGGCCGCGGCCGCGCACGCACCGAAGGCGGCGGGCGCGGGGCGGCACUACCGCGGGGUGAGGCGGCGGCCGUGGGGCAAGUACGCCGCGGAGAUCCGCGACCCGACGCGGCACGGCGCGCGGCUCUGGCUCGGCACCUUCGGCACGGCCGAGGAGGCCGCCGCGGCGUACGACCGCGCCGCGUUCCGCAUGCGGGGCGCCAAGGCGCUGCUCAACUUCCCCCGCGCCGCCGCGGGCUGCGGGGCCACCGCCAUGGCGAAGCAGGCUGCUGGAGUGACGGAGGCCAAGUGAACGGGGCGAAUCACAAAAUUGCGAUCGGAAUGGCUCGGGUCACUGGAAGCUGCUCCCAUGAUUGUGAAUGUUUAAUUUCUAAGCAUUAAUCUGUCCGUGGUAGGGGAUUAAGGUGGGAUAUGGUAGUGAUCGCUGUUCUAGCUGUUUCGACAUACUGUGAAAUAUGAUGGAUCAUUUUGAGCUUUUCUUUUCCCCCAUACAGCUCCGAGGUUUUUUGUGUUUUUCUUAAA